AUGAAGACAUAUGUUUUGAAAGUGUGGUAUGUGCUUGGGUUGGUGUGGUGUCUGAAUACUGAGGAUUUCCAAUGGACAAAGAAUAACCCUGGCUCCUUCUAUUACGGCACUUUUCCAACUGGAUUUUUAUGGGGUGUUGGCAGUUCUGCCUAUCAGACUGAAGGAGCCUGGGACAAGGAUGGGAAAGGACCAAGUAUCUGGGAUGCUUUUACUCACGAAAAAGAGGAAGUGUUUAUGAAUGAAACAGCAGAUUCAUCAUGUGAAGGCUACUACAAAGUUAAGGAUGAUAUUCAGUUACUGAAGGAGUUGAAAGUUAAUCAUUACCUGAUUUCUAUUUCAUGGCCUCGUAUUAUGCCCACUGGUAUUAAAAAAGAACAGGUGAAUGAAAAGGGGAUAAAGUUCUAUAAUGAUACAAUUAAUAGUCUUUUGGAGAACAAGAUUAUCCCUAUUGUGACCCUCUACCACUGGGAUCUUCCACAGGUGCUCCAAGAAAAGUAUGGUGGGUGGCAGAAUAUAAGCAUGAUAAGUUAUUUUAAUGAUUAUGCAAAUCUGUGUUUCGAGAAGUUUGGCGAUCGUGUGAAAUACUGGAUUACUUUUAAUAACCCUUGGGCGGUUGCUGAAGAGGGCUAUGAGACAGGAGAGCAUGCACCAGGACUGAAGCUCAGUGGAAUAGGGGCAUACAAAGCAGCACAUCAUAUAAUUAAAACUCAUGCAAAGGUCUGGCAUUCUUAUAAUAAGACAUGGCGUAGCAAGCAACAAGGUAUGGUUGGAAUUUCUCUAACUAGUGCCUGGGGUGAACCUGUUGAUCUAACUAGCCAGAAGGACAUUGAAGCUGCUGAAAGAUACGUACAGUUUUACUUGGGAUGGUUUGCAAAUCCUAUUUACAGUGGAGACUAUCCUGAAGUUAUGAAGAAUUAUGUAGGUAAAAAGAGUGCUCAACAAGGCCUAGGCACAUCAAGAUUACCAACCUUCUCAGUGCAAGAGAAAAGCUACAUUAAGGGUACAUCUGAUUUCCUGGGAUUAAGUCAUUUUACCACUCGUUACAUUAUACAGAAAAAUUAUUCCGCCCUCAAAGGGCCCAGUUACCACACUGAUCGUGAUUUGGUAGAACUGGUUGAUCCAAAGUGGCCAAAUCCAGGAUCUAAAUGGCUAUAUUCUGUGCCCUGGGGAUUUCGAAGGUUACUCAACUUCAUUAAGGCACAGUAUGGGAAUCCUCUCAUUUACGUAACAGAGAAUGGAGUUUCAGAAAAGCUGCAGUGUAUUCAGUUGUGUGAUGAAUGGAGAAUUGAAUAUCUGAAAGGGUAUAUUAAUGAGAUGCUAAAAGCCAUAAACGAUGGCAUUAAUGUAAAAGGUUACACUGUCUGGUCUCUGCUGGAUAAAUUUGAAUGGAAUAAAGGUUAUUCUGAAAGAUUUGGAUUAUACCAUGUUGACUUUAAAAAGGGGAAUAAACCCCGAUACCCAAAGGCAUCUGUCUACUAUUACAAGAUGAUCAUCAGUGCAAAUGGAUUCCCAAAUCCAAGAGAGGUAAAAAGUUGGCACCAAAAGGCUAUAGAGACUUGUUCGAUCACAAACCAACUUCUUGCUGCAGAGGAACAGCGGAAUACUGCUGCUAAUAUUCUGAGACUAAUUCAUGAUCCCUUGACUACUCACAUGGAAAUGGUGACUGAGAUUGUUGUACCAACGGUGUUCACACUCUGCAUACUUAUCAGCGCCAUUCUAUUAAUGUUCCUCCUUCGAAAGCACAACUAAAACUACAAGUUUACAUAACAUCUUCAUUUUGCAUAGGCAAUAAAAUGCCAUUCUUAUCCUAAUAUUGUUUUAAAGGUUUCCACAGAUGCCUCCUUUACGUAACACUGUAGUGUUAAAAAACAUUGAGCUUUACUUUUGUGUACAUAUUGUUGCUUCUACAUUUUAUUCAAUUCACCCAUAAGAUGUAAUUUAGAAAUUUUACAAAGGCAAUUCAUGUCUCAGUAUUAUUUUCUAUCAAAAUUCAACUGCAGGCUUUAUCUUCCUUCAUGUUUUGCAAAGUAUGCAUUUUCUUCAUUAGGGCAACAGUUGGCUGAGAUUAAAUUGUUUCAAAGCUUGCUGAUAUAUAUUUCAAGAAUAGGUAGAUUGUUGGCAAGUUCUGUUUUCAACCUGCUCCAUGGUAAUUGAAAAUAGUGAUGAAGUGCUAAUUACGAAAUAUGAACACAGGAUACUUACAGCAUAUCAUACUUCAAAAUCUUAAUGUCAUUGCAUAAACAUUAACUAGUCAUCCCCAUACAAUAAUAAUUAGGUAUUAUUAAAUUUUGCACACAAGUGGAAUAAAUGUGAUAGACUAACUGACUUGUUCGCAGACUUAUGGUCAGAGCCAGAACCAGAAGUAAGGAAUCCUGAUGUCCAGUCCUAUGCUUAGGCCACUACACCUACCUCAACAUUAGGACCCUACCAAAUUCACGGUCCAUUUUGGUCAAUUUCAUGGUCAUAGGAUUAUAAAAAUCAUAAAUUUCAGUUUCCAAUAUUUAAAUCGGAAGUUUCACAGUGCUGUAACCAUGGGGGUCCCAACCUAGAAAGGGCUUGUCGGGGGGUGGGGUGACAACACUAUUGUAGGGGUUCACGGUAUUGUCACCAUUUCUUCUGAACUGCUGCCUUCAGAGCUGGACAGCUAGAGAGUGGCAGCUGCUGGCUGGGAGCCCAGCUUUGAAGGCAGC